AUGGCGAGGGCAACUGCCUCCUCGUCACACGGUACCCAAUUACAAAAUUUCUUAGCCUAUGCAUCCAUGCGUUUAUUACGUGGCCACCGUGCUCCCCUACCAGUUUACACAUGUAAGAUCCUUGGCGUUCUUCUAAUGGGCAUCGCCGCACGUGAUCACGCUGCUCGGAGUGCGCCACGUGGUCACUUGAUCAAGGUGCACCAUGCGACUACCUUGGACCGACGUGGCUCGAAUGAGUGAAUGAGUGAAUAACUCUUCUUCGAUGACGAUCAAGACUGCGUGACAUAAUCUUGCCAUACUGUACUAUUUCUCUACGGAUGACAAAAUAACUUCUACUAAAUCUUCCAACAUGUUGACGAAUAGACCAAGAUCAUGCACAAGAAUCGGAAUCGCAGAAGAUGGCGCUCCACUUUUUCCACUAGCACGAAGAAGAUCAUGAGCCAUGUCCUGUCAUACUGUAC